AUGAAUGCUGGCAAGAAGCAGGCACGACCGGAAGCUGCUGGAAACGUCAAGCAAUUGCUGGAGCUCCUCACCACGGCACAGCGGGCUGCGUGCAUCUCCAUCCACCGACCCACCACGACAUCAUCGGAGCCUGACCAGACGGGGCUCAAAUUUCAAACCACAUAUCCAGAAGCCCUCGCAUCGAAGCCCAUGAACCUGGGAGAAGUGCUGACAACCGGCUUCCCGGGCCUGGCAACAAAGCUGAUUCUCGCCCUCUAUGAGCCGGGCCAUCCCGACUCCAUCGCGAGAAUCCAGGAAGUCCUGCACCGCGUCCAGAAGUCGCCCGAGGGCUGGCAGCUGGCUCAAAGCCUGCUGGAACGCCCCAAUGAUGCCAUCAAGUUCUUUGGCGCCCUGACCAUCAUCGUCAAGCUCAACACGGAGAGCUCGUCGCUUUCCAAGGAUGACUCGGUCGAGCUGCUGCAGAACCUGAUCGGCUGGUUUGUGCGCUCUCUGAACGACGGCUCUGGGCCCCUGGUGACCAAGAAGCUGUCGUCAGCUCUCGUGACCUGUUACAUUCACUUUUCCCAGCUGUGGCCCGACUGUGUCGCCCACCUUCUGCACUGCCUGCACACGGGCCAGAGCGUCCCCGUGCCCGUCGCACCUCCCGUUCCCGUGUCAUCGCUGGUGCAACAGCUCGACUUCAUCCGUCUCCGCGCCGCUCUCUGGUUCGCGGCUACCCUGGUGGAGGACACAGCCAAGACCGAUAUGAACACGCUGAGAUACAUGAGUGCACAUACCCAGCUCAUAGCCGAGGGCGUAGAUGUCGCCACACUUGUUGCCCACUCCCUGGACCCCAGCUUCGGUGGCCCGGAGCGCGUCAAGGUUCAAGAGGAAGCCAUCAAGUGCCUCCAGCCUUGGAUCAUGUACAACCAACGCAUCUCGUCCUCCACGGACGCGCUGACCACUCCACUACGGACCCUGCUCGCCCCGACCAUCGACUGCUUGGUGGUAGACGAGCUGUACGAGGCUAGCAUAGAGCUCUUGUCCGACACUCUCGCCAACUAUUCGGGCUUCUUCACCGGGGAUGGCUAUAAUACACUAUUUGCUUUGUUCGACACCGAAUGGUCGCAAAAGCGGUAUCGAGAGCUGAUCCAGGGCGACUUCGAGUUUGACUCGAUUCAGUUUGGCAUGCUGAUGGUUGCGUUUGGAGACGCCAAGGUGAUGGAUCUGCAGCAAAGCACAGAUGCCCGCUCGCAGCGCUUCCUGGCUGGCCUCGCUGGACUUCUUGCCGCCUCAGGACUUGCCGUCGGCGAGGACAAAAUCUUUGUACCGGCCCUCGAAUUCUGGGCAACCUUUGUCGAGACAAUGGCCGACACGGUCUGCAGUGACGAGGAGUCGGCGAGAUCCCAGGACUGGGUACAGGCAUCCCUGGCACUUGUCAUGCAGGUCGUAGGCAACUGCUUCAAGAAGAUACAGUACCCACCCGCAGCCGUCUUUGCGAGCUGGGACUCGUCGGACCGUGCCGGCUUCAUCGAGGCUAGGAAGGACGUUGCUGAUCUGCUGCAGACGGUCUAUGCCAUCUCGGGUCCGCCCCUAAUCUCACUCUUCAUUGACCUGCUCCUCCGAGCUCUCCCCACGCAGUCGUGGGCCGAGCUCGAGGCGGCCGCCUUCUGUUUGGGCUCACUCGCCGAUUGUGUGCCAGAGGGCGGGACGUGUGAUGAGGUACUGGGCAAGGUCUUCUCGUCCAACUUGUUUGACCUAUUGGGCCAGGGUCAAAAGCUGCCGGUCCGCCUCCGCCAGACGGGCUUGUCCCUUAUCGAGCGCUUCUCUGACUAUUUUGAGCGCCACGGCGAGUUUCUCCCUGGCGCCCUCAAUAUUUUGUUCGGCGCCGUGGGUGACCCGGUCCUUGCCGGCCCAUCGUCCAAGUCCAUCUGCACACUCUGUUCAUCCUGCCGCGCCCUCUUGACGGGCGAGGCCGCAACCUUCAUUGCCUCGUUCCAGUCCAUCCAUGCCGCUCGGACAGUCGACCCUUUUGCUGAGGAGAAGAUCGUGGCGGCGAUUGCGUCUGUCAUCCAGGCCAUCCCGGAUGAGGCCCCCCGACUCGAGGCGUUCCGCCAUCUCUUUUCCAUGAUUCGGCAGGAUGUGGACCGAUGUCUGGAGCUGAAGUCACACCCAGAGAGGUUCGAUAUGUCAGAUCCUUUCCUUGCAAAGUACUAUCUUGAGUCCCAGUCGCAGCCCCAAGAUAGUGUCCCUACCGCCGACAAGAUCGCGUCACAGAUUGCGCUCCAAAACGCUAGAUAUCUGCUGAGCAUGGCCAAGGGCAUGCAAGGGACAUCGGAUGGGCCCAUCGAGCUCGAUGGCUCUACAAGCGGCGGCGCGGCGGGCACAUCUGCGAGCAACACGAGCCAGCAGCUGCCUCUUGUGCAGUCCGAAAUCAUGCAGCUACUCGCCCAGCUGCGCUCGUCUUUCCCGGACAGCGGCGAGAUUGUCGAGGCUAUCUGCCACGUCUUCCGCGCCGGCUUCUCUGAGACGGAACCGGGACCUUUCGUCUUGCCCGCCAAUGCCGUCUCGCAAUUCUUCGCGGGCCACGACUACAGCACUCCCAGGAUAGGCUACGUAGUGAGCACGGCCUGUGCUUUCACGAGCUCGCUGGCAAGUAGCUCGCGCGAGGAGGCUGCCAGACAGCUGAUCAAGAUUUUACCAUGGGCCAUUUCCUUGCUGCAGUCUCUGCCUGAACCCGAAGCCGACACGGAACUCUCGCAAAACGUUACUGAGCUGGUACAGCGUGUAGCGCAACGGCAACAUGAGGUACUGCUACAGCUUCAACCGACAUCCCUGCUAGAGUUCUUCUUCAUGUUUUCCCUCAGGGUUCUUGAUGGCAGAGAGACCCUGCCAAAGACGGCUGCGGCUGAUUUCUGGCUGACCGUUCCACGUCGGAUAAUAGACCACGUUCAUCACCUUGCGGCCCACUGA